GCCUGGUGUGCCAAGAUCACGGCACUGCGGCUGCUAAUUCAGCGCAGGCGCAGAAGGCAGCGGUCAGCUCCGGGCAGCCUGAAGCUCGGGGUCGCUCGGCCUCCCCCAGGUCCCUAAGUCCUCCCGGAAUCCACCAGCCCGCCCUCUUACAGUCUCUUUCUGGCCCGUCGCUAAGCGCACGCCCACCAAAGCCACCCCACCCCUCCGCCCCGCGGCUUGACGCCCGCGGGCCUCCGUAAGACAGCUGUGUCUCCGUGGCGACGGCGUGCGCCGCGCGGCUCCUUUGUUGGGCGAUGCCUGAGCCUCUCGGAGGCGGGGCAGCCGGAGAGCAGGUGACUCCAUACCAAGAAGGAUGAGCGGUGGCCACUGGAGGGUAUCAGAUGGAAGACACCAGCACUUCUGCAAUGGCUGAGGAAGCUACCAAUGAUCCCAAGAACGCUGCCAGUGAUGCCAAGGACGCUGCCAGUGAUGCCAAGGACGCUGCCAGUGAGGCCAAGGAUACUGCUAGUGAUGCCAAGGAUUCUGCCAGUGAUCCCAAAGAGGCUGCCAGUGAUGCCAAGGAUUCUGCUGCUGCCAGAAAUGAUAAUGAAAGGGGUUUUGAAGGGGUCAUCUUUUCUUCCUCAUCAGUUUUAGACUUGAGUCAGAAAGGCCUGUGCCACUUGGGAGAGUUCUUGAAAGUUCCCCACCUUCAACAAUUGCACCUGCAGAGGAAUUCGCUCAUCAGGAUUCCGAAGGAUUUUUUCCAGCUGCUGCCCAACCUGAUAUGGCUAGACCUCCGGUACAACAAGAUCAGGGCUCUUCCCUCUGGGAUCGGCUCUCACAAACAUCUGAAAACUUUGCUUUUAGAAAGAAAUCCUAUCAAAAUGUUACCCGUUGAGCUAGGCCAGGUCGCCACACUGAAGGCCUUGAACCUGAGAUUCUGCCCUCUGGAAUUCCCUCCUCACCUGAUCGUGCAGAAAGGCUUGGUGGCAAUCCUGACCUACCUGCGCUUCUGCUCCGUGGAGAAUGCCUUCCCUGGAGAUGAGUUGCCUCAGGAAGUCUCAGCAGUUGAGAUGGGCCUCAGUGACCUUUCAUACCCUGUGCUUUCUCAUCUCCAUAUAGGCAUAUUCACUGAGAAAGGCCUUAAUGCUCUGGACCUCGAGGCAGCUGUGGCAAAGGAAAAGGCUGCCUUAUUCCCACGUAUGGGCAGGCUAGACCUAAGCAAAUCCAGUGCCUUCUCCGAGAACUGGCCUAGUAAGGAGGAGAUCAAACGCUUCUGGAAGCUGAGGCAGGAGAUCGUGGGGAUUGAGGAGGGGGAGGUUCAGGGGAAGAAGCACCUGGCUGCCGAGCUGCCUCCAAAUCUCAGGGAGGCACUAAAUAACAAGGAGAAAAGGCACCAGAAGCGAGGACCCACAGUCAGAAAGAAGUCCACCCCCUCCAAAGGCAUCCUUCCCAACAUCCCUUCAACGAACCAAAACACAGUUUAUACAAAAAGGCUGGAGGACGGUCAUAUGGCUGCUGUCCGGGAGCUCCAAGAGAAGGAGGCACUGCUGGAGCAGCGAAGGAGAGACAAGCGAGUUCUGAAGGAGUGGAGAGAACAGACCCAGCUAAUGAGGAGCAAGAGGGAGCUCAAUAAUCCCCAGCCUUUCAAUAAGAACAUGAUGGCAUCAAAGAUUCCCUUUGCCACAGAUCGGAUAGACUAUAGGAAAACGCCAGUGGAUCCACUUGGGAAAGUGAAGCACAGCAAAGAGAGGACAACACAAAGGAGUUCAGAACUAAGCACCUUACCAUUAGCUGAGCUGGAGGAGAGGAUAAAACGGCACACAGAGCAGAUCCAUGCUCGCAACUUCCUGGGUACCAACCCACUGCAAGACAUAAAGGUGGCCAACCAGGACCUGGAAAACGCCAAGAAACUUCAGGAGGAGUUAGGGACACUGAAACUGAAGAUGACCUUGAACAAAGAACAUCCAUUUGGAACUUUAACUGGAAACCUUUCACUUCACCCACCAGCAUCACAGCCUCAAAAAAUAUUUUUUAACACAAAAUACUAGGAAAGUGGUGGUGUCAUCAAGGAUAACAAGUACCUCCCACAGUGA